AUGGCAAUUUGCAUAAGGACGUUUACAUGUCCCUACCCCAAGGGUACAAACCAAAAGAGCCAAUCCCUCCUAAUACCGUUUGCAAGCUUAACAAAAGUCUAUAUGGCCUCAAGCAAGCCUCUCGCAAAUGUCUUAAUUUACGUUGAUGACAUAGUCAUUGCCACCAACAAUGAUGCAGCUGUCACUGCGUUUAAACAACACCUAAAUUCCAUCUUCAAACUCAAAGACCUCGGCCCCCUUAAAUUUUUCCUUGGUCUUGAAAUUGUAAGAUCUCAAACUGGUAUCUUAGUGUCUCAACGACCCUUCGCCCUACAACUCUUGCAAGAUACCAGUUUUUUGGGUACUAAACCUGCCUCCACUCCAAUGGAGCCUAACAAUAAACUCAGCAGUGAUUUGGGUGAAAUUCUUCCAAACCCCACUUCUUAUCGAAGUUUAAUAGGCAAACUCAUCUACCUAACAAUCACUCGGCCUGAUAUAACCUUUGUAGUAAACAAACUUAGUCAAUUCAUGACUACACCUCGACUUCCCCAUCUUCAUGCUGCACACAGUGUGCUCCAAUACAUCAAAGGCACACCAGGCCAAGGAUUAUUCUUCUACUCCAACACCCCUCCCCACCUCACUGCCUAUACUGCAUCUGAUAUCCCUGAUCACAGCAUCUCCCUUAAAGUGUUCUCUAAUGCGGACUGGGGCACCUGCCCCGACACUCGAAGAUCAAUCACGGGCUACAACGUCUUCUUAGGUGAUUCUCUCAUAUCAUGGAAAUUAAAGAAACAAGCAAUUGUCUCUCGUUCCUCUGCAGAAGCCAAAUAUCGCGCAAUGGCCAAUGCCACAUGCGAGGUCACUUGGAUCACGGCUCUCCUCCAAGACUUCCCCAUCACUCAUCGUCUUCAUGCAAAUCUCUACUGUAACAAUGCUGCGGCUAUCCACAUAUCUGAGAAUCCUGUAUUCCACGAACGCACCAAGCACGUAGAAAUCGAUUGUCACAUAGUUCGCUCCAAGCUCCAAGCUCCAAGUUGGGACACUCAAACUGCUCUAUGUCUAUACAAAACUCAACAUUGCCGACUUGCUCACCAAACAUCUGCAUCCCUCUCAGUUCAACAAUUUAUUAUCCAAAAUGAAUGUAAAAAACAUUUAUAUAUCAUAUUGAAGGGAGUAUCAGACAAAAAAUAUAUUCAGUUAGUUAGGUAA